UGUCGUCUCCCCUUUGUCUGUUCAUUCGCCGUUGGUCGUCGCUCGACGUAUAGAAAAGAUCUAACGAAAAUUUAUGAACUUGCAGUAAAAUUCAAUAAAUUAAAAACAAAAAAUAGUAAAAAUAGAAGAAAUUGAUUAAUUAACGUCGGAAAACGGUAAAGGAGCGGCAAGCAACGAAAAGAUUGAAAAUAAUUACAGGAAGAAGGAUAAAACUAUACGGAAAACAAGGAGCUGAGUGUUUAUAAUUAAGUGGAAGAGAAGAAGAGUAUAAAAGCAGAAAAUCGAAAGACUGAAGCAAGUUGAUAUAAGCCAAGCCAGGAGGAGGUGCGCAAGUUAAUAGCGCUCCACCACAAUAGUAGGAGGAUAUAAUCAGGGAAGGAGAGCUACGCUUAAAACUUCUAUUUGCCUAAUUUGGACUGUUCACCUCGUACAUCAUUCACAUAACGUACAUCCUUGAAACUUCAUUCAUCAAUUUAAUUUUUGGUCGCAAUUCACAAAAUUGCAUUACAUUAAAGCUUGAAAGGCAAGGAAUACGGUAGCAAAAUGGACGAUUUAAUGGUCGAAGUGAGGCUCGACAAUGGCGCCUAUUAUAAGGGUAUGGUGACUGCAGUGUGCGACGAUGGCGUGUUUGUAGAAGUUGAUGGCUGUCCCGAGGUACAAAAAUAUCCUUUCUCAAAUGUGCGCUUCCCGCCAGAAGAGAACGAGAAUCCGCCCACCUUUGAGGAAGGCAUGGAAGUGGAAGUGUUUACCCGUUCGACGGAGCGCGAGUCCUGUGGCUGGUGGAUUGCUUCCAUAAAAAUGAUAAAGGCUGAGAUCUGCGCUGUUGCGUAUAUUGGCUUCGAAACACCGUACACCGAAAUCUGCGAACUUAAGCGUUUACGCCUUAAAAAUCAAAAUCCGCCAUUGACGUCCAAGUCAUUCUAUCAGUUCUCAAUACCCGUACCCGAGGAAUUGCGACAGGAAGCGCAAAAGGAUGGUAUUCAUAAGGAAUUUCAGCGUACAAUAGGUGCCGGAGUGUGCGUAUACAAUCGUGACUUGGAUAGUCUGAUUGUGAUUUCAAAAUGGGAAUACACUCAGAAACGAGCCAGCAUGUUGAAAGAUAUGCAUUUUCGCAAUUUAGCACAGAAGGUUAUGCUGCUGAAACGAACCGAGGAAGCUGCGCGCCAGCUGGAGUCGACUAAACUGCUUAACCGUGGCUAUACCGAUGAAUUCCAAGUGCGCGAAGAUUUGAUGGGCUUGGCCAUAGGUUCACACGGUGCCAAUAUACAAGCAGCUCGCCUAUUAGAGGGUGUAACAAAUAUUGAGUUAGAGGAGAAAUCGUGCACCUUCAAAAUAACCGGCGAAUCUGAAGAUUCUGUGCAGCGAGCACGCGCCAUGCUCGAGUAUGCCGAGGAAUUCUUUCAGGUUCCUAGAGAGUUGGUGGGUAAGGUCAUUGGCAAGAACGGUCGAAUUAUACAGGAAAUCGUAGACAAGAGCGGAGUCUUUCGAAUUAAGGCGUUGGGAUUCGCACAGAUCGCAGGCGAUGACGAACAGGAUCAAAACAUACCCAGAGAGCAUGGUCAUGUACCAUUUGUGUUCAUUGGUACCGUUGAAAGUAUUUCGAAUGCCAAAGUGUUGCUGGAAUAUCACUUAGGGCACUUGAAGGAAGUGGAGCUGCUGCGUCAGGAAAAAUUGGAAAUCGAUCAACAACUGCGCGCAAUACAAGAGUCCACAAUGGGUUCUAUGCAGAAUUUUCCUGUUACACGGCGAUCGGAACGAGGUUACAGUAGUGAUAUCGAGUCGGUGCGUUCGGGUCGUGGUGGACCGCGCGGGCGUGGUAGAGGACGAGGCGGCGGUAAUGGGGGCAAUCAGCGUUAUCAUCAAGGUCGUCGGGACGAUGAUGACUACAAUUCCCGCGGUGAUCAUCGUUACAAUGACCGCAGCGGCGGUGGUGGUGGUGGCGGUUAUCGUGGCGGCAACGAUCGACGAGGUGGUGGGGGUAAGCAAAAUGGACGCAGAGAGCAAAAUGGCAGGGAUCUCGGCCGAGACCACUAUCACAAUCAUAACGACGAUAUGCGAGAGGACACACGUGAAUUGAGUAGUGUCGAGAGAGCUGAAAGCAACUCGUCAUACGAAGGCAGUUCAAGAAGGCGCAGAAAGCAAAAGAACAGCAACGCUGCUCAUAAUACUAUUCUUCUUGUUGUAGCGAAUGGUGGGGUUACCAAUAACAAAUCCCAACAAAUCAAACAACCACAAAAUGUAGAAAACAACAAAAACAACAGUGGGGGUGGCGGUGGUGGUGCCGGCAGCUCGUCGGAGCGAUCGAAACAGCAGAGCGUGAACAGCAAAGAUGGCAGUAAUGUGGCAAUUAAAGGUAACAAUGAGAAACCACAGCAGCAGCAGCAGCAGCAAUUACAACAGCAGCAGCAGCAGCAGCAGUUACCACCGCAGCAACAGCAGCAACAACAACAACAGCCACAGCAGUCGCAGCAACAGCAGCAGCAACAACAGCAGCCGCACCAUCAACAACCGCAGCAGCAGUCGAAACCACGACGCAACAAUAAAAACAACAGAAACAAUCAUGCGGACUCGCUGCAGCCGCAGGAGAACAAUAAGCGGGAGACACUUGUCAAUGGAACGUCCUAAUGGGGAGUAAAAAUGCUAGCGCAUGCAAUAGCCUCAACAGCAACUACAGCAGCGACUGCAGAACAUAAACAACUAAACGAUGGGGAAUUAGGUUGCAGCCUAACAUCUUCAAAUCAUUAAAUGAAUUGAAUGAGCUAAAAACUAAAACACAAAAUAAAUAAAAAAUAAUGCAAAUAUAAAAAUAAAAAAUGAAACAAAAAAAAAACAAAAACAACAAUAAACAAAACACAUUAAAACAAUAUAAAAAAGAAAAGAAAACAAAAAAAUAUAAGUUGAGAGAAGAUUUUUUUAAAAAAUAAAAAAAUACGUAUGAAAAAAUUAUAAUUACAUAAAACUGAAAAUUAAAUAUGUAGAAAAUAGUAUACUAACUCGAUACAAACGAAUUAUACACACACACACUCACAUACAUACACCCGCAUACAUGAAACACACAACAAUCAUAUGAGAUAAAAUAUGAAUGCGUGAGCAUGACAGGCAUUAACGCAUAAAAUUUAAAUUUGAAAAAAUAAAAAAAAAUCAUAGUUUUAACACAGAAGUACGCACCCAAGUCCAUUGAAUAUUGAUUAUUUAUGUAUACUGUCGAAGCAAUAUUAACCGACCAGUAGCAAUAGAAGUGGAAUCUAAAAGUCGAAACCGUUUUACAGAGUAAACCAAAUGUCGACGAGUUGUUCGACGAGUUAAUGCGCUGCUGUGUUGGUAAUGCGCAACUUGCCACUGAAUUUGCAAACUUCAAAAAAUAAACUUCAGAAAAGAAAAGAAAAAGCAACGGAUUCCCUUGAAGAAGCGUGCAUAAAAUACAAGAAAUGUCAAUGCGGUGCGUGCCAACUGUGCACAACCUACAAAAUUUAACAACUUCACAGCCAGGCUAACAGCAUUCAGGGUUCAUUCAUUUCUUGCGUGUCAUCUGUUCACUUUUCGCUGUGUUGCUUCAUUUGCAUUUUCGCUUUCUGCUUUCGAAUAUAACUUUAACUACGCUCGUUCCCAUUUCCAUUUUCAUAUGCAUCAUUCUUCGUUAACGCACUCGACUCAACUCAACUAUCGCUUGCUUUCUCACUUUGACGUGUAUAAUUCAUUGUACAACUUGACAAAAAAAAAAAUGCAAACAUUUUCUUUAUUUCUUGAACGUAUAUAACUAUUUUUUUUUUUGUUAUUCGAUGAUCAAAAUUUUAAUACGUUUAUCUGUAUAUCUGUACUUUCGAACUGUAGUUGUCAGGUUGCAAAUUGCUCUAACACAAAAUCGUUAGCGCCUAGCAGAAGAAGUCGGCAGACCCAACGCCGUUACCGGCACCUAGAACUACACACCUACGCACACACAUAAAAAAAAAAAAUAAUAAUAAAACAUGCCCACCACGCCGCCAUUUCAAAGCAAUUCAAACAAAUGUGUGCAGUUGUGUAAAGGAAACAAACAAAAAUUACAAUAGCAAUGUAAUGUUAACAAAAACCAAACAACCGUAAAUUUGUUUAUUGCCCCUUUGGAAAGAGUGAAACAAAAACAGGAAGACCAUCAGCAACAGUAGCAAAACUAACAACUACGUAAACUUUAUUUAACACUUUGUAAUAAUAACAUUUAUUAUUUUUAAUUUUUUUUUUUUCACAACCAGUGCGUCAUAUACUAACUUAAUAUUUAAUUAAAUACUCUUAAAUUAUUUAAAAGGAAUAAAAGAAAAAAUUAUAAAAAGCCAA